UGGAUGGCAGUUUUUCGGACUGUGGUAAACUGUCUCGGAAUUAGCUCGAGAUAUGACGUUUCUUCUAAAAAACGUUCAAUUCGUAGAUCGGACAGCAAAGGGUCCCUUCUUUCCAAAACAUGACACAUGCUAAUCAUAUCUCCUUCUUCCUCUCUGUUGUGCGGUUUCUGUUGUACUGUUCGCUAUCCAAAAAUAUUCCUCAUAGUCCUCCUUCAUCUAAAAUCAGAUUCAAAUUUGACAGUUCAUAGUGAUUGUAGUUAAAGUCUCCAAAACAUCCUGUAGCGUUAUCAAAAAGAAUUACAAUUUACUUCACCCAUAAUGCGUCUAGCCUCCCAGGACCCAGUUUAUAUCGGCGGACCUCGGCAGAAAGCACCGGAUUGCUUGCCCAACAAUUCAACUGAAAUGGAUAGCUGUGCAGUUAAAAAAUCUCCAUAUGAUGAGAGCUCUUCAACUAAAGAGAAUUGUGCUACUUCUCAAAACAGUUUGAAUCCGAAUAAAGCAAUCGUGUAUGAUGUAAUGGGAGCGAGCGUGGUAGAUCGGGUUAUACAGAAAAUAGCGCUCGUGGUUUGCGAGUCAAGAUGUCCAAAUAGAGAAGCGAAAAGUGGUUACUCCAAAGGCUUACACUUCCCUAACUUGGAAAAAACCACAACUGCACCCACCUACUUGCAUGCUAAAACAGCGCACACAUGCUCAUCACAAAUAACACAGUGUCUGGCUAAUUGGGAGCGACUGCGUGUCAUGCAAGAAGUCCUGGAGAGCAAGGCCCCUCUGGUAGUUGAAGUUUGGAUUGUGGCUGAGUGCUACGCCUCCAGACCACAGGAGCAAACUGAAGCGGCAUCAUCUCGGUCUGAACAAGUUGGGAAUACUGGCGGUAAACCACUAGGAUUGGGUCUCGAUCAGCCAUGUUGCGAGGGAGUGUUAAUGGAAGUAUGGACAUUUCACAAGAUACAGCACAGGCUCGAAUCAGUUGGCACUACGAGCAUCAGAAGUACGAAGCAUAUCCCAACCAAUAGUAGUACUACGGUGACUGGGACAGGCGGAGGAAGUUGUCUGUCAUUAUUGCAGGCAAUCCAGUCCCAUCUCUCCUUUUCCCAACUGGCCUCCUGGCUUGUUAGUUCCAAAUCAUCCAGACAGUCGGGAUACGGAGCAAUAUUGGGUCCCCUUAACAUCCACUACAGGAUCUGUGCUGGUGGCGAUGUCUUGUCCCCCAGUUCCAAACUGAGCGAAAGGAGUUUUGACUCCCAUAGUUUCCCUCUCUUUACCUCUGAACCCACGCCCACUUCGUCCUCAACAGGAGCAAGUAGUGCCCCUAUCUCAAUCCGAACUCAAGUGCACUUUCUGAAGAGAGAUAUACACUCUACAUGUCCAGAGAUAAAAUGUACCGCGCAUCCCCGGAAACAGACGAUUCCUUCUCAGCUGCAUGUUCAACAAGAAGCCAAAGCAGAUGGUUCAAUAACUAUGGAUAAUGUAGAUUCUGACAUCAGGAGUAAUUUAAAGCAAAGGCUGCAGUCGCCGCGAAGUCAAGCCGCAUUUGGAAAGAGCUGCAGUAGAGAAGCAGUAAUUGAAGAGAGAUACCAGUCACCUUUGAGCUCAGAUUUAUCCAGUAGCCCAGAAAGUGUAAUUUGUGGAAUCAUUCCAGAAAACAAGAAAAAUAACGAGCUAAUUAAAAUCAAAAGGAUUUCACCUAGAGAUGGCGAAAAAUGUAUAAAAGCGAGUGAGAAAUAUCCGAAAGUGAUUGACCGCGCAAGAGUUCCUACUGCUGCUGUGAGAAGGAAAGAAUCAAUCGAAAAAACGGGAACCCAGGGAAGUUCUCUGGAUCCUACAAUAGAUGAAAAAUAUUCCAGGAAGGAAAACUUAAACGCAGAAAAUAAUGUGAGUGCUACUGGUGGUGGUGGUGUUCGAUUCCGAUGCAGGGGCGCGAGUCCAAGUCCUCCGAGGACUAGUGAAUCGAACAUGGAUCCACUCUCCGUCAAGGCAUCUGCAGAUCUUGCUUCAUUGGAGGAACCUAUGUCAGCGUCGGGAGAUUUGAAAGAAGAGUACAAAAGGGGAAAGAAAGAGGAAAGCAGCGGCAAAGACUGUAGAAGAAGUCGUAGCGUUAGCAACAGUAGUUUGUCAGAUGGCGAUGACUACUUAAGUGAAACACUGCGUUUCAACAGAAGCCAACAUAAAAGUGAACUGCCUUCUCUCGAGCCAGAUGUUAAAGAGGAAAAAGAAGACGAUUAUGAAUCUUUGCAAUCUAGCAGCAAGAAUAGUAGUAGUAGCAGUGGAAGUGCCAGUAAGCCAGACUCCGGUCGAAGUAGUAGAUCCAGUGGUGGUAUGGGAAGGGGCAAGUGGAGGGAUCCCGCGAUAUUGGUGUCCACAAUGGAAGACAGAGUUGUAACCAGUGUUGUGCCUGAUGAUUGGGACUUAGACGUGGAGAGUAAUUUGGACAAAGUUUGCCAGCAGCUGAACAGACAACAAAUCACGGAAGCAUGGAACAACAACCAGCAGGGACAACAUAAAUGGCAGUUGGGUGGGGGGAGUUUUGGAGUCAGUGAUAACAUCAGUAGACAGAAGGGAAUAGGUGGUGCUUUGAAAGGAGACGGGGACAAAGUCAAUAGGAAGUUGUUUUCAUUGGAUGGGGGGAUUAUGGCGGAUCCCUUGAGUUCCCCGUUGGGACCAGGACCUCUGCUCACAUCGCUGUCUUUGCCUACGGGAGCUACAGGAGGAGUAUUCAUAGACUGUGACUCUGUGUUCGACAGUGAUAGUCAAAAUCCAUCAGUAACAGAUGACGAUGAAGAUACCGCGUACUACGAUACCCUUCAGUCGAACAGCACCAAAACCUAUUUCAGAAAUAGCGGCGAUACAAGUACCAAAAACAACAGCAGCAGCUAUGAUAAGGGUGUUAUGUCACUGAAAGAUCUAUUUGCUCGGAUAAAAAGCUCGUCUCCAAGUAGAUCAGAAAAACGAUCAAAGGAUCCAUCAAGAUGCAAUGUUAAGUCAGCCGAAGAAAGUCCAAAAAGUAGUCCAAGUGAAAGAGUAGUUGAUCAAAUUUGGAUAGAUGAGAUGAAUAAAAAAGCGCAAUCCGAAGCUAAUCGUGCCUCUAAACAUAACAUGUGCUUGGAUGAUGCUGGGACCUCAACUUAUGGUGCUAUAAACUCAGGAGUAGAAUUAGACAAAUCGGCCAAUCAUUAUCAACAGCAGUACAAAAAGGAAAACACUAGUGAUCCAUCCAAAAUUGCAACCACGAAAGAAAAAAGGGUUAAGAAGAAGAAGAAACGGGAGCAGAGGCGAGAUCGAUCAGACGAGAGGAUAGACACCGGUAGUGGUAAUGGAGCGAGACAACAAUUGUAUUCCUGUUCAGGGGUUGAAUCAGUUGCGAAAUCAGCGCCACAGUCGGACAUCGGCCCUCUGCUAGUUUGUCAUUGCCACUGUCACUUUCAAGAUGUCCACCAGCCUCCCAACGCUUCUUCCGUCUCGCCUGGGGGAGUUAGUUUGGGCACAAGUGGGGGAGGAGGAAUUUUGGCAGACCCCAGUGUUGUAGUAAUGAAGAGAGCCUUUUCCUACUGCAGUAGUCCUACAGUGAUGGGGGUAGGAACUGGAAUGGGCUUCAAUCCCAACACAGGCUUGCCACUCUCCAGCAGUCCAGUUGCUUUUCGCAGGAUGAGCAAAUCUAUUUCAUUCCACUCGAAGGAUGUUCUAAUCAACAAUAACGCAGCAGGAAUUGGAGGGAAACAGCCGAACAAUAUUGCCGACACUAAAGGACUGAUGCCUCCUUCACUUGCCUCGUCCAACUGUGACUCAUGUGGAUGUAGGGACUCCUCAAGAGCUUCUAAAAACAUACCUCUAUCCUCUCCUCUCUCACCCCCACUGAAUACUUUGUCAAGACCCAGGUCUCUGUCUAGUAGAAGUUGCAGUGUGUCAAGUAGCAUAUCCAGCAGCAGUUCCAGUCAGCUGAGUCUGGUGGUCAAUUUUGAAGAGAGUGUUCUCAAUGGCAGGAUGGAACCACUCGGAAUAAUACAGGGUUUCAAAGCUGACAUUGGAGCUGCUGGAGCCAAAUUCUGUCCCAGCCACAUAUCAGUGGACUUCUCCGCCUGUUACUAUCACCUGUCAGACGACGGAUCCCCGUCGCCCUAUUUUGGCUACAUCAGUCUGCAGAAUGUGGGACUAGAUGAGAAUAACAGCAGCAGCAGUAGAAGGGGUAGAGUGAGAGGUGGCGGAGGAGGGGGAGGGAGAGCUGGAAAUGGAAUUAGCAGAGGGCACAGAGUGCCACGCAAAGGACAGAUACAAGUGACGUUGUUCAACCCUAAUGGGUCUGUGAUCAAAGUGUUCAUUGUGAUGUAUGACCUGGAACAGAUGCCGCCCCUUCAUCAGACAUUCCUCAGGCAGAGAACCUUCCUAGUACCAACUACCCAAAAUAACAGCAAUGCCUUAGAAAACAACAAUAACAACCUGAACACUUCUUCAUCCAGUAAUAGCAGGAGUAGGUGGCAAGGCGUGGGAUCUGGUUCGAACUCUGGACCAGGUGGAGUUGGUUCUGGCUCGGUGCUCAAGUAUCUGUUGCAUCUGAGAUUCCAGUCAACUUCGAGCAACAAAAUAUAUCUACACACAGACAUCAGAUGUAUCUUCUCCCGUAGCCAGGGGUAUGACUCAGCAACUAACACUGGCUCGGGAUCAGGAUCCAGUAUUGGAAAGGGAAAAGUGGACCAAGGACUGUUUGGGAACGAUUACGAACUAAGAACAUUCACCGAAGUGCCUCGAGAUCCCCAGUUCUCCCCCUCCCGGCCAUAAGUUCAAAGGGUGGGAGAGAGUUUGUUGUCGUUGAAUUGGAUGGCAGUUUAAAUCAGAAAAAAUAAUCGAUCCAAAGAUCGUUUCGGAAUCAAAGAUUGCUGUAUUUCUAUCCUCAGCUGUCAACUAUAUUUAUCGUCAUCCGAAUUUCAAAGAAGGUCACUUUUCGAAUAGAUGAUUCGUUUAACGAUCGAAGACUAGCGAACACUUUUUCAACAUACAAGCAGUGUCAGCGGUUCAGCUGGAUGACAUAAUCGACUUAAAGGGAAAAAAAUUUAAAAAACUUACAAAUUUAAUGGUGCAAACUAUUCUCAUUCAUUUCAAUAUUAUUGGUGCGAAUACUUGAAUUCAAUUGUAAUUUUACUGUAGGUUAAUUAAGCAGCUAUAUUAGUAAAUUCUUAAAUUGUUUAAAUUAGUCUUAAUAAAGCGGGUAUAGUUGUACUGCACGUUAAUACCGUAUU